AUGUCCGAGGUCAAGAAGCAGAAGACGGAGAACCAGCAGAAAUCCACCAAUGUCGUGUAUCAGGCCCAUCACGUGAGCAGGAAUAAGAGAGGGCAGGUGGUUGGAACACGGGGUGGUUUCCGAGGAUGUACCGUAUGGCUGACAGGUCUCUCUGGUGCUGGAAAAACAACGAUCAGUUUUGCUCUGGAAGAGUAUCUCGUCUCCCGUGCCAUCCCUUGCUACUCCCUCGACGGGGACAACGUCCGUCGUGGCCUCAACAAAAACCUUGGAUUCUCUCCUUGGGACAGAGAGGAAAAUAUCCGCCGGAUUGCAGAGGUGGCCAAGCUGUUUGCCGACGCUGGUCUGGUCUGCAUUACCAGCUUCAUUUCUCCGUUUGCAAAGGAUCGUGAGAAUGCCCGCAAAAUCCAUGAAUCAGCAGGACUGCCCUUCUUUGAGAUCUUUGUAGAUGCGCCUCUAAACAUUUGUGAAAGGAGAGAUGUAAAAGGCCUCUACAAACGGGCCCGAGCUGGGGAGAUCAAAGGGUUCACGGGUAUUGAUUCUGAUUAUGAAAAACCUGAAACUCCUGAGCUUGUGCUUAAAACCAAUUUGUCCUCCGUGAGCGACUGUAUACAGCAGGUGAUAGAGCUUCUACAAGAGCAGAACAUUGUACCCCACACUGUAGUCAAAGGCAUCCACGAACUCUUUGUGCCAGAAAACAAACUCGACCAAGUCCGAGCUGAGGCCGAAGCACUCCCUUCGUUAUCAAUUACCAAGCUGGAUCUUCAGUGGGUCCAAGUUCUGAGUGAAGGCUGGGCCACUCCCCUCAAGGGUUUUAUGAGAGAAAAGGAGUACUUGCAAGCUAUACACUUCGGCACCCUGCUAGAUGAUGGAGUGAUCAACAUGAGCAUCCCUAUAGUACUGCCCAUCUCUGCGGAUGAUAAGACACGGCUGGAAGGCUGCAGUGAGUUUGUCUUAACACACGGAGGACGGAGGAUUGCUGUCUUACAAGAUCCUGAAUUCUACGAACAUAGAAAAGAGGAACGUUGUUCCCAUGUGUGGGGCACAACGUGUGCAAAACACCCCUAUAUCAAAAUGGUGAUGGAAAGCGGGGAUUGGCUGGUUGGUGGUGACCUUCAGGUGCUGGAAAGAAUACAGUGGAAUGAUGGGUUGGACCAAUACCGCCUGACACCUCUGGAGCUCAAACAAAAGUGUAAAGAAAUGGAUGCUGAUGCAGUGUUUGCAUUCCAGUUGCGCAAUCCUGUCCACAAUGGCCAUGCUCUGUUGAUGCAAGACACCCGCCGCCGGCUCCUGGAGAGAGGCUACAAGCACCCGGUCCUGCUGCUCCACCCCCUGGGUGGCUGGACCAAGGAUGAUGAUGUGCCCCUGGAUUGGCGGAUGAAACAACAUGCAGCUGUGCUUGAAGAAGAGGUUCUUGAUCCCAAGUCAACCAUUGUUGCCAUCUUCCCAUCUCCCAUGUUAUAUGCUGGCCCCACAGAGGUCCAGUGGCACUGCAGGGCCCGGAUGGUUGCAGGGGCCAAUUUCUAUAUUGUGGGCCGGGACCCUGCAGGAAUGCCCCAUCCUGAGACCAAGAAAGACCUGUAUGAACCCACUCAUGGGGGCAAGGUCUUGACCAUGGCCCCUGGCCUCACCUCUGUGGAAAUCAUUCCAUUCCGAGUGGCUGCCUACAACAAGGCCAAGAAAGCCAUGGACUUCUAUGAUUCAGAAAGGCACAACGAGUUUGACUUCAUCUCAGGAACUCGUAUGAGGAAGCUGGCCCAGGAAGGCGAGAAUCCCCCAGAUGGCUUCAUGGCCCCCAAAGCGUGGAAAAUCCUGACAGAUUAUUAUGCGUCCCUGGAGAAGAACAACUAG